AUGGUCGGAUCCAACGUCGGAUUUGUUGACCUGGGCAACAGCUUCGAAAUCUUGGAUCCAGAUUACCUCAUCAGUGGUCAAUCUUUGAUUUAUAAUAUGCUACAAUCUGAUUGGAUUAUGCAAACAAACAAAGAAAUGUUUUAUAACUGCCCAGGUUAUUAUGGGACGGUCGGUUCCGGCCGCUUAGGUUCCAGUCAUUUCCUGACCGUUUCCUGCAAACUUCGAGCUGGAAACGGUCAGGAGCUGAUCGGAUAUUUCCUGUGCAAUUCCGGCCGGAAUCCGGCGGCAAGGAGCCUGUUGGAAUCGGCGAAAACUGUGCCGGAAUUGAGAAGAGCUGUACCGGAACCGACCCAUAUUUCAACGGAUUCAGUCGCCGGAGUGAUCGACCUGGGUGCUCACGAUUGA